GAGAAACAGAAGAGGAAGGACCCAGUGCUCCUGAAAAAAGAAAUAUUGAAAUUAAAUGUCGGUGUCCCAACGAUAAAGUAAACCGUGUUUUUGGAGAAGUGGGAAAUCAAAUUGCUGGUUACCUACCUACCGGUGAUUUAAAAAAAUAUGGC